AUGUUAUAUUAUAAACCUAAACACUUAAAAUCGGUUGUUCCUUCAAUUUUUACAACUGAACCUCAAAGUGCAGCCGAUUCCAUUAUUUUAGAUUCUCGUAUAUUAAGUGAGGAAAAACUCAAUCUAAAUAACAAGUUUGCUUUACUUGAUCAAUUCAGCCAUCGAGCCUUUAAUAUCAAAGAAUAUAAUCUGACUCAAAGAGAAAUACCAAGCAGAAAGAAACAUUUUAUUUAGAAUAAUAAAUUGGAUGUUUGGGGUGAAACAACUUUGACUCUCUUUAGAAAUCAAUUCUUAUAUACAUCAAUAGAUAUUCAUGAGAAAUAUUCACCUGUAGUCUUAUUCAUAUAUGUAAAAAAAGGUGAUCCUAAUACUAAAAUGAGAUUGUUUUGUUCAGUCAGAUUUUAAUAACCCAACCGUUUCAAUGCAGAGAUCGAAACUUAUGGUCGAGUACUUAAAUAUCACUCAAGAGAUGGCACAACUUUUUAUGAUCCUACAUUAUAUGUUGCUAUCUUAGCACAUAAUGAUGUAGAAAUUAGUAUCAAAAAUGAAUUUGCCAAACCUCCAAUACCUAGAAAAAUCCCUUAAAUUAAAAAAAAAGAUGAACAAAAUUUAGAUUUUGAAGAAUUAACAGAAUAAAUAAUUCGAAAAAGAAAAUUAAAAUAGAAAUCAUUAGAUUUUAUUAAUCUUAAUAGAUCAUUGAUAAGAAAAUAGAAGAUUGAAUCUCCUUGCAAUACUGAAAGAUUAAGAGAAAUAAAAUUUAAAUAGACAACAAUAUAAAAAGAAUAAAACUUAAAACGUAUUGCUUAGAAUGCAUUACAUGAUGUUGCCAAAGAAAUUAGAUAAAAAUAAAUGAAUAUUUAAAUCAAGUAAUCUGCUUUACUUAUAAAUAUAGAUAAAUGCAUAAAGAAUGGAUUUGUAAGAAAUGGAUUUAGGUUGUAAUUUUAAUUAAUUACAUAAUACCAUCAAUAAGUAAUUAUAUUAAAGUACAAAAACGCAUAUCAGAAAAAAAUAUGAGGAAAUAAAUUAUGACAAUGUAAUUUAUAUAGAAAAUUAAAAAUAAUAUUUAACAUUAAGGACCAAAAAUAAAAUUAAGAACUUUAUUAAUUUGUAAAAUGAGUAUGCAGAUUUGUAUACAUAGUCAAUAGAAUAAAAUUAAGUAGAAGAGUAACUAAAUUAUUGUUGAAAUUUUAAGAUAAAAUAUUAGAAGCUAUUAUACUGUUACAAAAGGCUUACAUACUGUUAAUCUAAGUAAUUGAUUAUUUGGAUUUAGUUAAAAAAUGUAUUAACAUGCUUGUUCGACAUAAGAAUAAAAGGUUGGAAUUCAUGUAAUAGAUGA